AGGCGUCCACUACAAAUAACGGUUUCAUAUCACUAUUCUUGAACAUAACUUUCCAACGAAAAAAGUAAUAAUAUGUGUUGACACAUUUGCUACUUGAUUAAACAAGUACUACAAAAAUUUGAGUUGUUAAUGAAGAUGAAUUUAAAUUUAAUUGCGGCAGCAUGUGAGGGAAUGGGUAUUGGUGUAAAAGGAACGUUACCGUGGAAACUUAAAAGUGAAAUGGCAUUCUUUACGUCUAUGACAACGAAUACGAAAGACUCAAAUAAAAAGAAUGUUGUUUUAAUGGGACGAAGGACGUGGGAAUGUAUUCCAGAGAAGUACAAACCAUUAAAAAAUCGAAUAAACAUAGUACUUACGUCACAGCCUUUAGAUUAUGGGGAUGAUGCGAUAGUAUGCAAAAGUAUUCCACAUGCUCUCGAAGUUAUUAAAAAACCUACAUUAAAAGAUCAAAUCGAAGGUAUAUGGGUAAUAGGUGGAAGUUCCGUAUACAAGGCAGCAAUGGAAUCUCCAAACUUUCACCGAUUAUAUUUGACAAGAGUAAAAAAGCAUUUUGUUUGUGACACCUUUUUCCCAGCUAUUCCUAAUAAUUUUGUUUUGAUAGAAUGAAAGUAUCUUCUAUUUAUCAGUGGACUUAUAUGACUUAUUUGACUACUUGCGAAGGAUCGUCGUAGGUAUUUGAAAAGAUAUUCCACAGGAAGCAAUAAAACUAUUGAAUUGUUAUAAAAGUAAUACGAAAAUAGUUUAUUAAGAAAAUUAUUUAGAAUGUAAAACUUUGAAGCAUUCUAUACAAAGCUUUGAUCGGGAAAAUUUGGACUAUAAGUUGUUUUCUUUAAAUUCUCCCAUGUUCUUGAUCGAUCCGUUCGACGUCUUUUAUCUGCAUAACAUAGUUUGCAUGCGCUUCCGGACUCAUUUUUCCGAACGGCGAUAUUGGGCUGACUCCGUCGAAGACAAGGAUUUUUUGUAUUUUCAGACAACCCUAAUAAUUUUGCAGUUAAUAAUUCUCUAAAUCUUCUAGUCCUCCCUUGCUGCAAUUUUCUGAUACAGGUAUUAUUUCGUUAUCAACGAACAGCUCGACACAUCAUAUGGAUUGACAUCGCCAGGUAAUUGCCUAACGAGGCCGUCUGUCUCAGGAAAAGAAAAUGAUUUCUGCCGUCCACUAAAUUCAUUCUAUUCACCAAAUUGAAUUGUUCUUUCCUCGGUAUCAUCAGUUCUUUCUUCCUCAAUGACCAAUUCUUAUAAAAUCUCGUCAACAUUAUUCAUUAUCAUUCAUUACAUUCAGUAUCACUACGAUUGCACUUAUUAAUAUCCGAAUCAGAAUCAGACGAUGUAAUUCUAUUUAUAUUUUUAUUUCUAGUAAAUCUGAUUUCUUCCUCAUCGCUACUAUCCGAAUUUGCGUAAGCCUCGUAAAAGUUUUCUUUUUCACUGCGAUUUGACUCACUAAGAAAUAAGUUUUCCAUUUUUCUUUUCGACAUUGUAAGGAAUUAAGGCAGAGAUUUUAAGUUAUCUAAAAUAUCGGUGGGAGUACCAAGCAGAGUACGCUUGGUACAGCGACACUCGUCGCCUGAAGGAGAUUUCAUUGAAAACACGCGCGACAAUAAACGUGUUAAACUGAGACAAAUAAAGCUGACAAGAGCAUAAUAUUAUUUAUUCAUCAAGAACAUGAAGAAUGUUACGUCAAACAUAAUUUUCGUGACAACAGAUACUUUUUAUUUUUUAUAAUCCAAAAUUAUAAUUAGAUAUAACGUUACGUUAAGAGAAACGAAAUUCCUUAACCAGGUGGCCACUUCAUUUGACGACCACC